AUGGCAUCACGAUGGGCAAAUGAUGAAGCAGACAAAGCCGAGGAAGCGCGUCGGAAGAAAGAGAAAGAAGAGAAGAAACGCCUGAAGCUUCAGAAACAGCAAGAGGCGGAAGCAGCCUCACGAACAACGCAAGAGGCGGAAUCGAGACCUGCAAAGCGCAGGAGAUUAUCAACAGGCGACGAUGACGAGGGAGCCGCAAAGCCCAAAGAAGAAGAGACCGAGAGGAAGCUCUUGCGAUUUCAAGGCGGAGCUUGGAACCCUUGUCGACAUAUUUCCAACUUCGAGACCCUCAAUCAGAUCGAAGAAGGCUCAUACGGCUGGGUCUCACGAGCGCGCGACAUCACUACAGGCUCCGUGGUCGCCCACAAGAAAGUCAAAAUGGACUACAACCAAGACGGUUUCCCUAUCACCGCGCUACGAGAAAUCUCCAUCCUGCAACGCUCCAGACAUGCCAAUGUCGUCGAUCUUCUGGAGGUUCUAUCUGGUGACGACCCGCAAGAAUGUAUCCUGGUCAUGGACUUCCUCGAACAUGACCUCAAGACAUUGCAAGAAGACAUGAGUGAGCCAUUCAUGGCAAGUGAAGUCAAGACAUUGUUACGACAGUUGGUCUCUGGCGUCGGCUAUCUGCAUGAGAACUUCAUCAUGCACCGCGAUCUCAAGACAUCAAACAUCCUACUCAACAACCGUGGCCAGCUGAAGCUUGCAGACUUUGGUAUGGCACGAUAUAUCCCGCCGGCGAACGCACCCCUCACACAACUGGUCGUCACGCUAUGGUAUCGUGCGCCUGAACUUCUACUAGGGACUCGAGAUUACGGGACGGAAGUCGACAUGUGGAGCGUAGGCUGUAUAUUCGGCGAACUGCUUGCAAAAGAGCCGUUACUACAAGGCAAGAACGAGGUCGACGAGCUCUCACUCAUCUUCUCCCUUUGUGGUCUCCCAUCAGAGAAGUCUUGGCCACAAUUCUACCGCCUGCCCAACUCCAAAUCACUAAAGCUACCGCGCGACCACCGCAACGCCCCAGGCUUCAACCGUGCAAAAUUUCCCUUCUUGACAGCGUCUGGCAUUGAACUCCUCUCUUCGUUGCUAUCCCUGAAUCCAGACCAUAGGCCUACAGCGAAAGAAGUACUGGAGCAUCCUUACUUCAGAGAGCAACCCAAGCCGAAACCGACCGAGAUGUUUCCCACGUUUCCAAGCAAGGCCGGGCAGGAGAGGAGAAGGAAGAAGAGUCCGAAUGCGCCAAAGAGAGGAGAGGCGCCCGGCAUGCAGGGCAACGUGGAUUUUAGUAGUAUUUUCAAGGGCAGAGAGGAAGAAGAGAAGGGAGCAGGAUUUCAGUUGAAGAUGACCUGA